UAUCGAUAUGUUCGUAUGAAAUCGUAAGAAUCAAUAUGAUUCGCCAAUAUUAUAUCUAUUUGCAUACUCUGCAGGAAACCAAACCAAUUAUCGUUACAAUAGCAUUAUCCUACUUAUCUCAUUUGUAUAUAAUCCAAUGUUCAUAUAUGACAGAGACAAUAUAUAGUUAUGUUGAUUCAUAAGUCAUCUUUAUCUUCUUUUUUUCUAUGUGUAGACAUACACAGACAUACACACAAACAAGAACUACAUAAAAUUUCAUGGUAAUUUGAUAAGGAUGGUUUUGUCGUAAUUUGAUAAGGAAAUACGUAUUAUCUUUGUAAAAUUAUUUGUUUCUUUUUUAACAAAAAUAGAAACAAGAAGUUACGUUGAAGUGAUAUAAUUAGAGGUGAAAUGUUUACAAAAUAAAAAAUAAAAACUCACGAAGAGCAACUAAUCAUUACAGAGGCGCUUCACUUUCGUUCCAUCUCUACGUCUUCCCGCCCCCAUGGCCUCUUCUAUACCUAAGUACCAUCACUCUGUGUCUUUCUCAACGAUCAGUGUUAAUCAGCGCGGGAACGCCGAAGAAGCAACAACAAGAUGAUUCGUUGGAUCUUUCUCUGCACGUUUCUUUUUGUUUCUGGUGUCAUUGAGCUUUCUUAUGCUGUCGAAUUCCUGGAUUGUGGUUCUAAGAUUGGACAUUUCACAAAAAUUACCGUUUCUAAUUGUGAUACUUCCAAAGCAGCAUGUGAAUUCGUUCGAAAUACUAAUGCAACUCUAAUUAUAGACUUUAUACCAUCUCAGGAUGUUUCAGAAGUAGAAGCAGUUGUUCAUGGUAUAAUUGCAGAUGUGCCAAUACCAUUUCCUUUACCACAUCCUAAUGUAUGUACAAAUGCUGAAUCUAAUAUACAGUGUCCUUUGAAAAAGGAUACUCAAUAUACUUAUAAAGCUGUUUUACCAGUCGAUCCAAAGUAUCCUAGGUUGUCUGUUACAGUUAAGUGGGAACUUCAAAAUAAGAAUAAAGAGGAUAUUAUUUGUGUUAAAAUACCAGUAAAAAUUAAAUAGAAACCUCAUAUAUGUGAAUAUGAUUAUUUUUACUUGUAAUUAUUUACUAUUUUCAAUUAAUUAUGUUCUUAAUGAUAUUGGUCUGUAAUUAUUAUAAGUAUAAUUGAUUUAUAAAAAUUAAAAUUAUGAAAUAAUCCUUAGUUAAUGUUUAUUAUGCCUAUAUUUCGAUAAAUCUGGCAUAUGGAAGUAUUUCUUGGUAUGUUAUGAAAAUUUGUAAAAAUUAACAAACUGGUAAGAAAAGUUCAUCGAAAAUAUUAUUUAUAUUUCUUUAUGAUUUAUCGAUGACAGUAGUAAAGAUGUAUUUAAAAGCUUAGUAAAUAAAAGAUUGUUACAUGUAGAAUA